AUCAGUUACUAAUCAAAAUCUGAUUUUAAUCUUCACGUAAUACAAAAAUCCCAAAUCGAGGGGCAGUCGCGUUUCAUUAACUGACAUGUGACCUGAUUUAUGGUGCUCCCCAUUAAGUGCCGAUCGCCCUGAUAACUUCCACAAUCAACGAAAGUUUGGUUUACCAUGUCUGACGCCACUAAAGGACACAAUGGGCUUCCCGCCGACAACCUGCCCGUCUGGCUGCCCAACAUAACCCUGGAAAAGGCAGUCCAGGCUCAGAUCGGAGACUUUGAGAAGAUCCUUUCGGUUACUCCGCAGAAGGGUAGCAGUGAAGGCGAGAACUACUCCUCACUUUUCCUGCGACUUUUAGUGGAAGUGGAGCUGCUCGACCACAGUACCAAGAACCUCUCCUUCGUCCUGAAGGCCCAGCACAACAAUGAAGUAUUGGGAGCCAUCCUGACCAGACUGCAACUCUUUCAUAAGGAGGACCAGAUGUACCACAAUAUCCUGCCCAAGUUUGAGCAGCUCUAUGCCGAGGUCGGAAAAACCAUUCAAUUUGCCCCGCGGGCCUUCAAAGUCGAUCGUGAUCUGGGGGUGGACUACAUCCUGCUGGAGGACCUGCACAGGAAAAACUUCAAGAACGAGAAUCGUCUAACCGGCCUUGAUCUGGACCACAUGCACAAGGUGCUGGAGAAGCUGGCGGCCUUCCAUGCCGCCUCCGCCUGUUACGUGGAGCAUAACGGGCUGUUCGGGGAUGAGUUCACCGUGGGUGUUUUCAGCGAGGCCAACCGGCAGCUCCUGCAGGAGUUCAAUGCGUCCGGUGCGUUUCUAGCUCAGUUGAAGAAGUGGAAGAAUGCUCACAAGAUUUAUGAGAAGCUGGCUGACAGUGACGAUUACUUGGUGGAUCGCCUUCUGCAGGAUCAGCAGUACAAUGCCAGGGAGUUCAACGUGCUCAACCACGGCGACUGCUGGGCCAACAACAUCAUGUUUCAGCACGAUGCCUUUGGCACCAUCAAGGAGGUCCUGUUUGUCGACUUCCAAGUGGGAAAAUAUGGCAGUCCGGCCAACGAUCUGUACUAUUUGAUCCUGUCCUCGGCAGCUCCAGAGCUGAAAACAGCCAAGUUUGAUUACCUGGUGCGGUACUACUUUGACAACCUGGUGGAGAAUCUAAAGCUGUUGCAAUAUCACCGACCCCUACCCAAGUUGAAGAAUUUGCACGCCGCCCUGUUCCGCAACGGGUUGGCAGCUUAUAUGGUCGUCUCCAAGGUGCUCCCGGUCGUUAUGCUGGACAAGACGAACAACGCCAACCUGGAGAGCUACAUGAACGACGAGUCCAAGAUGAAGACCGCCAUGUUCACCAACCCCAAGUACGUUCAGGUGAUGACGGAGGUGCUGCCAUGGUUGGACAAUCGCGGUUUGCUGGACUGGAAAUAAUUAAGCCCCAAAUUGAGUGUGUUGGACUUGUACUCUAAUUGGGUAUUUUAAUGCCAUAUUCCGCAAAUUGUUGAUGACAAAAUGUUAAAUAAAUAUUUGUCUUGGAUGCCUAAUUCAUGGAGUAUAAAAAAAAGUGAA